AUGUGCACUGGGAAAUGUGCAAAGAUAAUUGGGAAACUCCUCUUCCCAUUGGGAAUCCUUGCCAUCGUUGCCAACCUUCUCUUGUACUUUCCAAAUGGGAAUAUUUUAGAGGUAGAUCAGAUAACAGACUAUGUUUGGUUUUUCCAUGGAAUCGUUGGAGCUGGAUUAUUGGUCUUCCUACCUGCAUUUAUGAUGAUUGGUGCUGGAGGAGAAGGAUGCUGCGCUAACAGAUGUGGGAUGUUCCUGUCUGUCAUUCUGUCCGCACUGGGCACAGUGGGAGCGGUGUACUGUGUGAUAAUCUCAGCGAUGGGUUUGAUUCAUGGUCCUCGUUGUGACACAGGAGAUGGAGAAUACACAUACCCCUUCAGGAAUGACACUGAUGAAGAGAAUUACCUGUUUAAUCAGGACAGGUGGAGCAUCUGCAAGACUCCAGAGAAUGUUGUGCUGUGGAAUGUUGUCCUCUUCUCCAUUACGCUGGGAAUCUCAGCCAUUGAGGCCAUCCUUUGUCUCAUACAAGUCAUCAAUGGACUCAUCGGGGUGAUCUGCGGUACCUGCUUGAGGAAGAGGAAGGUCGAGGUAAAAAUGUCCAGUAUCUUUCGGACUCCCUCGUCCCCCUCACACUUACCUGUCAGUGCCACAUGUCACCAUUGCCGGUCCCCGCAGCGAUCCUCCAUCCCGAACUACCUGGUUAUGGGGUAG